AACCUUUGUACGCCCUGGUUUCCUACCGGAAGUUUUAUCUUGAGGCGCAAUCCACAUCCGAUUGUUAGUCAUGUCAGGGUCAAACGUUUUACACGCGAGUUGAGUUUUACAUUUGUCAAGUGAAAGAUGGCGGCGCAGGCGAGCGAGUCUGACCAGAUUAAACAAUUCAAGGAGUUUCUGGGAACCUACAACAAGGUGACAGAAAACUGCUUCAUGGAUUGUGUGAAAGAUUUUACCACUAGAGAAGUGAAAGCAGAUGAGUCGAAUUGUUCAGAGUUCUGCCUACAAAAGUACCUGAAGAUGACUCAGCGGAUCUCCAUGCGUUUUCAAGAGUAUCACAUUCAGCAGAACGAGGCUUUAGCCGCUAAAGCAGGGCUGCUGGGACAGCCACGCUGAAAUGAACUCACACAUCACAUGACCACAGGAGGUGGUCUUCUGUGCAUUAUUGGAAAUAUUAUGUUAAGACUGUGAAGUUGUCUUUAAAUGUGUUUAUGCUGAAACUUAUGUUGUAUUGACUUACCUGCCAUGUUUUUUUUUAAAUAAAUGUCAAAUGUUAAAGUAAGCCUUGUGUCUUAGGUUAAAACAAGAAUGUGUGUGUGUGGGGCAUGAAGAUGUAACUUUAUUAACAACUAUGUUUUUAAAUCACAACUGCUCACUAUGACUGUAAUUAAAGAUAAAUAAAACAUGAACUGGAGA